CCCCAGACAUCUUACCCUCUCGUAUAACAGGAACGUUAAGGACUUACAAUCUUAAUCCGACACUAGCCAAAGAGAUCCAUAGGUACUGGAAGAUCCAUCAACCAAAGUCAGUAAUCACCGCGUUCGAACGGGUCAAGAACUCCAAAUCUACACAGAGGUACGAUGCAAUUGCACGCAAAUGCUACCUCGCACUCCGUACCAAUAUUGGCCUCCCAAUAGCCAAGGGCUAAGCGGAGAUGAAGCUUUCCAGCGAGAAGCACGAUGUGAAGCUCUUCGCUCGCAUCUCUGCCGACUGUUUCGUGCAGUGAUUUGGUAAGGAGAAGCUAUCUUCUUUGGGGUAAUACAGAGUCGCCAGCCGAUUGGACACUUGUGCUUGACAUCCACGCCUCCGACAGCCACGGGAGGUGGCCCAAGCUACAUCCAGCAUACCACUGGUCCAAUCCCGUCCACCAUGCAGUUACAGUUGCAUUUGGAAUUGGAAGACCGAAUGGACUGAAGGACUCCGGUCACAAGCUUAUGUAAAUUCACUGCUUGCCGUUUCUGCCCAAGAUCUUCACGCUUCUUCAUAUCACUGAAAAUAUACACUCGAUUCAAAAAAAGGCAUCCUGGCCUCAAGUUUACAUCUAAAAUCUUCACAGUGCCGAACGUGAGAAAGACGAAUCGAGUACGACCAUCUCGGGGACGUUGAGAAUAACUUUGAGCUUCAGCCGCAAUGGAAUUCACGUUGAGCCUAGGCCAAAUGAAGGCUACAGCUACAAAUACCUCAUACUUCGAUUACAAGCUACCAUCAGAUUCCUCCUCGAGCUCACCUGAUAGUCUCAACAAUCCACUACAAUUCGGAAACAUGGCUCCAACAGGCUUUGAUCCCACAAGUCAAACAUGGGAUUCCGUGGAUUUCGAUCUGUUCGAAACAUAUGCCGAUUACAGUCAGUUCUCGACCCAAGCAGAGCAGCAGACGCCGCUCCAUAGCCCCAAAGCAGGAUCAGUCCCACUUUCCAAAGCAAGACGGAGAGCACAGAAUCGCGCCUCGCAGCGAGCAUUUCGCGAACGCAAAGAACGACAUGUCAAAGGUCUAGAAUAUCAACUCGAGACUCUAAACGAGAAACACCAGGAUCUACUGGCUUCAUAUUCGAAACAAGCAAGCAGCGUUGCACAGUUGUACAGACGCAUCACCGAAUUGCAGGCACAGAUCAAAGCAGUCAAGACAGCCAACGGCCAAACUCCUCCUCCUCAUCCAUCUAAUUCUAAGCUAUCACCUGACAGCUUCGACGCAUUCGCAUUUGGCGGCAAUCCGGGGCCCAUGCUGUACAGCGGAGAGGAUUUCGGUUUGGAGGAAAGCGGUGCAGACACAUUCAAGUCGAAAUCAGUCGGAAGUGAAAGUCUGCCAUUAUUCGAAGAUCUGCUGCGUCUACCGUGACAGUUAAGCUCACGAAAUUCAUGAUUUAGGCAAUUUGACAUACAUUUGAGCGUUCGGGAUGACUUUGACUGAGUGUCGAUGUGAUUGUCCGAGGAGGCAGGAAAAUGGACAUUUCAAGGGGCCACUUGCUCUCGAGGAGGACCUCCUUCGGAGAUAGGAUAGCCAGCAUGAUUUCCCAUAUUGUGCACAAAAGAAACAGUGUAUGAAACA